UCAGCUUACAAAGGACAUCUCUCUCCUGUAAAGAACUUAACCCCCCAAAAUGUCCUUUCCCAGUAGCUCUCCUGCGGCAAACACAUUUUUAGUGGACUCUUUAAUUGGUGCUUGCAGGACGGACAGCUUUUACUCCAACAGCAACAUGUACAUGCCGUCCGGCUCAGAAAUGGGAACUUACGGAAUGCAAACCUGUGGACUCCUGCCGUCUUUCGGCAAAAGAGGGGAGGUCAACCACCAAAAUAUGGGCAUGAACGUCCACUCGUACAUACCUCAAAUAGAUAACUGGACUGAUCCGAGUAGACCCUGCAGAAUAGAGUCGUCCAGUCAGAUGUCACACUAUACAUUUUCACAGAGCAUAAAGGAAGAGAGUAACUGCUGCAUGUACUCCGAUAAGAGAGUACAAAAAGUCAGCUCGUCAGAGGUCCCCGCAUAUUCUAACGUUAUUCCUGAGUCUUGUCCAGUCGAUGGUCCCGAGAUCCCGGUUCCGGGCUAUUUCAGGCUGAGCCAAACUUAUGCGAACGGGAAACAUCAGGAAAACUACUGCCAUGAGUCGCCGAGUCCAAACCCCACACUGAUGCAACUAAGCCGGGUCACCCCGAAACCGCAGCCCUCCUCGGCGUCUUCUAAUUUUGCGGACCAGGCGGACAAGAAAAGUGAGGACAUCCCGCAGAACCCCGAGACCUCCAGGACACCGAUCCCCGUGGAAAGCCCGGAUACCAAGUCCAGCUCGGGGGAGAAAAACUGCCCCAUGGAAGCGUCCGUGUCCAGUCCUGAGCUGCUACAGAAGGAAGGGAAAGACUGCAAGAGUGACCCGCCGACGAGCAACUGGUUAACUGCAAAAAGUGGGAGAAAGAAAAGAUGUCCCUACACAAAGCACCAGACCUUGGAGUUGGAAAAGGAGUUCCUGUUCAAUAUGUAUCUGACCCGAGAGCGCCGCCUAGAGAUCAGCAGGAGCGUCAACCUGACCGACAGGCAGGUCAAGAUCUGGUUUCAGAACCGCAGGAUGAAACUGAAGAAAAUGAGCAGGGAAAACCGCAUCCGUGAACUGACCUCAAAUCUCACCUUUUCGUGAGCUCGCAUGUAUUUGUGGUUCGCUGUCUUUUAUUGUUUUGUUGUAUUUUAUUUUUUUUGUUCUUCUUCCCUCUCCUGUUCAGUUUGAUGCUUCAGUGGCAUUGGACGUUUUAAUUUCAAUUUCAACGAAACUGUGACUAUAUGCGAAUUUCAUUACGUUGUGUGUGGAGUCGAAUUGUUUGUUUUAUUUAAUCACAGGGUAACACUUUUUGGUCUUAAAUUAUUGGAGAAGUAUGGAUUUCUUUCCCUCUGCCGGUAGAUGUGGAUAUUUCUAUUGGGUCGGGACGUUUGGAAAGAGUUACUCUGCUUCAGUCAUGAAGGCACAUUUAUUGUCGUGUUAGUGCAACAUUUGUUUUGCAGUAAGUGCAAAUCAUUUGCUCAAUCGUGAAAUGUUUCUAUGAGCCUUUAAAGUGACAGAAAACGAUGUUAAUCUAAUGUGAAUUUAUCGCAUGUUCGUGGCAUGUAUCUUGCAAUAAAUUGUCAAAUAACUUUGUUUCGUAUUCAUUUGUACCUCUUAAGUCUCUGGUCUACAAAUGUGUCGCCUAUCCGUGAAAUCAGAAUCAUCCGAUCUGCGGUAUUGGCUGCUUUUACGCACGUCCUGUCUUGUUCAAAGGGAUUAUGAGGAGGACAGAAACAACAACAAAUGUUAUUUUUAAAAGCCAAUUGCACUCUACUGCAAGAGAUGAAACGAUGAUGCCUAACGUGUGUCUAAUUUCGUUAAAUCUACAAUUAUGCUAUAAUCAGUUUGACGAAAAGCCUGCAAGUUUAAAAACCUCAAAAAAACAGGCCAUUUUGUUUGCGGGAUGCCAGCAGCUAAUUGGCUGAUCUAUGCGGUUUUUGCUUAUCGAGAUGCAAUGCUUUC